GAUGGCUCGUGCACGGCGCAGCUGCGAUCUUCGCAAUCACGUACACUCUCGUCUCGGGCAAGGCACGAGCAACGAUACCCACACUGCCGAAGGUGUGAUACGGGCGGCAAAAUUGAUAGCUUAGCAGCUUAUGAGGUGUCCUGCAUUGAUACUAAGCACCAUUUAGUGCCAAACAUUCACCAGCGAAGGUACCUAGCAGCAAAAAGCAAAAGCACUGCCGACAAACAAAGUCUUCAAAAGCAUUUCCUCGGGGCUGCGGUUUGUUUCGUAAGUGACUUCCAAUCACAGCAUGGCAGAAGAAAACAAGAAUGGAGCUGCACCGGCAGCCGAAGCGGCACCGGCAGCAGAAGCGGUACCGGCACCGGCACCGGAACCAGCACCGGAAGAUGCUGCACCCGAGGAAGGAAAGGCAGCGUCGGAAGCAGAUGCAUCCGAGGCUGAAUCGGAACCGGAACCAGAGCCAGUGCCUCAGAUUUCUACAUUCGAAAGGUUGAAACUAUUCCUGGCGGAAACGAACAACUUCCUCCUCAAGUACGACGAUCUGGUGGAGAAUAAGGAUAAGCACAAGAGCGUCUACCUCCACACCGUCAACGAACUGCGUGAGCUGCUGGUGACGUUGCUCCAACGGUACAUCCUGCAUACGAUGGUCCGGGAAGAUUUCCUCUACAAGCACAUCGUGUGCUGUGGUGAGGAUGCGGAGGCUAUGAAUACGGAAGAAUUCGAUGAACACUAUGCGGAAGUUCACAGCGAGGCAGACAAAGCCGUUGCCUUUCCAGAGCUGGACCAUAUUCGAGCCUACACGAGUGAAGUGAAGACGUACAUCGACCAUGGAAAGGCCAUGAACAACGAGGUAAUAUUUUCCCUGAAGCGACUACUGCGAAAGAGCAAUUCCGUACUGGCGGGACAUCUUGGUUGAGAUGGGCCGUUGUUGUGUUUUGGGGUCUCCAUAGCCCUAAGACAACAAAGCAUACUUAACUAGCUCUUAAGGCUGUCGGUGAAGUUACCUUCCGUGACAGUAAAACUCGAUUCUUCACUAACCCGUCGUUGCUAAUUCCCGCCAUGCUCUUCCAGAAGGAUGACGAUCGGUUUAUUAGAUCAUUAA